AUGGGUGCCCUAAUAUCUUCCCAAACACCUCCUUUGACCGAGAGAAAUCUCGAAGAUCAAACCGGCAAGGUCUUCAUAGUGACUGGUGCAACGUCGGGAUACGGGCUUCGUUUAGUCAGAAUCCUCUACCAGCACAAUGGCAAGGUGUAUCUUGCCGCUCGCAACGCCAGCAAGGCGCAACAAGUGAUUGAGGACAUGAAGAGAGAUUUUCCUGGAUCGCGGGGCCAACUCCAUUUCUUGCAUCUCGAUCUCAGCGACCUCUCAACUGUCAAAGGUUCCGCUGAAGAAUUUCUCAGCCAGGAGUCCCAGCUCCAUGUUCUUUGGAACAACGCCGGCGUCAUGGUCCCCCCUCAAGGCUCCAAAACCCAACAAGGCUACGAGCUGCAGCUGGGUACGAACAAUCUCGGCCCGUUUCUGUUGACUAAGUUGCUCUAUCCAGCUCUUGCCAAAACAGCAGCAGUCUCGCCAGGAAACACAGUUCGAGUUGUCUGGGUCUCGUCCUCUGCCGUCUCCCUUGCUCCGAAGCCUGCAGUUGACUUCUCGAACAUGGAUUAUCACCGUAAUGAAGGAGCAUGGACAAAAUACGCAAGGAGCAAAGCAGGUAAUGUCCUUCAGGCUGCAGAGCUCGCAAGGCGCUCGAGGAAGGAUGGUGUCGUGAGUGUGACCCUUGAUCCCGGAGUUGCCGCCACAGAGUUGCAGAGAACAAUGCCAUGGUGGAUGUCAAUGCUUGUAAAUCUCCUGGGACAGAAGCUUGAGAUCGGUGCUUACACACAGCUCUAUGCGGGGCUUCAGUUUGACCUUGACUGCCACAAGGCUGACACAUGGAUUGUUCCUCCCGGAAAGUUGGCGCCUGGCCGCAAAGACCUUUUCGACGCUGAUCUAGGCCGGAAAUACUGGGAGUGGAAUGAAGAGCAGAUCUCUCCAUAUUUGUAG